CCGCGCGGUACUCCGGUGCAGCGACCGCAUUCGGCGGAUUUCGACGCGGUUGUCUGCUGGGUCUGCUGUGACAGUCGGUUCCGGCGGUAGCGUCCGAACGCGCGCGCCUAUCGGCAGACAGACAGACGAACAGGCUUGGAGAACAAGUAGGCUAAAGAGAUCAGCAGGCAGACCGCAAGCAAAAGCGACGCGAUGUCCCCCGCCGAGCUGGACGAAACAGCUGUGAAGAACUUCCGCGAGUACCUGCGGAUACCGUCGGUGCAGCCCAACAUCAAUUACGAUGAAUGUGUGGCCUUCUUAACUAGGCAGGCGGAAUCCUUAGACUUGCCGAUCAAAGUUUAUCAUGUGGAUCCCAGAAAACCAAUUGUGAUUCUCACAUGGGUAGGAACGCAACCGACGAAAACAUCGAUUCUGCUGAACAGUCACAUGGACGUUGUACCGGUUUUCGAGGACAAAUGGACCUAUCCGCCAUUCAGCGCUCACAUGGACGAUAAUGGCAAUAUUUACGCUCGCGGUAGCCAGGACAUGAAAUGCGUGGGGAUACAAUAUUUGGAAGCGAUUCGCAGAUUAAAGCUGAACGGAGUGCGCUUCCAGCGCACCAUUCAUAUGUCCUUCGUACCGGACGAGGAGAUUGGCGGUGUUCUCGGAAUGAAAGACUUCGUGCACACCGCGGACUUCAAAGCCCUGAAUGUCGGUUUUGCGUUGGACGAAGGCGUGGCCUGUCCAGAAGACCACUUUUACAUGUUCAACGGAGAGAGGUCGAUCUGGCAUGUGGAAAUAAAUUGCGCCGGCAAUCCCGGUCAUGGCUCCAUUAUGCUGGACAAUACAGCUGGGGAGAAGUUGAGGGUCAUUAUUGAUCGCUUCACAGACUUGAGGACCGUUGAAAAAUCGAAACUUAAAGAUCCCAAGAUAAAGCUUGGCGACGUGACGUCUGUGAAUCUUACGAAAAUUUGGGGUGGUGUGCAAACGAACGUUAUUCCUACUGACCUCACCGCUAUGUUCGAUCUUCGACUAGCGCCAACUGUUGAUCACGAGGAAUUUGAAGCUACCAUCAAACGCUGGUGCGAGGAAGCCGGUCCAGAUGUAACCUAUUCAUUCGAGGAGAAAAAUCCCAAAGUCGAGAAUACUAAGCUGGAUGAAUCUAAUCCUUUUUGGAUCGCCUUUAAAAAGACUUGCGACGAAAUAGGUGUUAAAUUGGAAAUUGGCAUCUUCCCAGGAGGCACAGAUAGUCGUUUUGUGCGUGGAGUAGGCAUUCCUGCUCUCUGCUUUUCACCAAUGAAUAGAACAAAGAUACUUCUUCACGAUCAUGAUGAAUAUCUUAACAAAGAUAUAUUCUUGAAGGGAAUAGAGAUAUAUAUCAAGAUAAUACCGGCUGUUGCAAACGUUUAAAUGCGUUUAAAUGAAAAUAUACAAUAUAUCAUAAUACUGCAAGUGCCAUAAAAAGCUAUUUGAUGCAAUGCAAUUCACUCGGUAAUUCUGCCAGUGAUGAUGAGAUUGUAUAUCGAAUCUCUUGAAGUUGAGAUACUACACGCUGUUAUACGUGCAAUAAUAUGUUAAGUCAUAUAUAUAUAUACUUCUACAUACAGAUUAUAUAUUAUAUACAUAUCAACGUUAUACAAUUUCAAGAUUUUAUUAUUGUUGGAUAUUCGAGAGGCUAUUUUCUAUAUAUAUUGUAAUACGAGAAAUGAAGAAAGAUAUAAAUAUUUACGAAGAAACGGCAAGUUGCAAUUUAACAGAGAUUGAUAAAUGAGACUAAAGAAGUCAAAGUAACGUACAGACUGAUAAUAAAUAUUUAAGAGAUAUAAAAUAUUGUUAACACAUAAAAAAAUGGAAAUAUGAAGGCGAAUGUGUGAACAACGAUGGCAUCAGGACAGUAUAAAAUUCAACGUGGUGGGAUAAUCGUCCAAUAUGAAAAUCAAACGCACAAGAAAGAUUUAUCUGCAUAGAAAAUAUAUGAAGACAAGCUUGCUACGAAUAAAAACCAGUGGGACCAAAGUAAUUAUAUUAUGUAAAACAGAUUUUUGCUACAGCAGCCACCAGUGAAAAUAUGUAUACUGAUGUUAUUACAACGAAAUAUUUUUAUAAAAAUUAGAAAUAUACGUAUUUUCAAUGGAAAAUGAAGUUUAAAGCACCGAUGGAAAUGAAGCAAUUAACGUGUAUGUACAUCAAGGUAAUUACUAAAAAGAUUAAAGUAUUAUGAAAUGUUAUAAUACAUCUUUUAAUCAAGUAUUGCAGAGAAAUGUAUUCAAAGGUAAACCAGUAUCAUGAAUAAAAGCAUGGAAAAAUA